AUGUUUGCUGCUGCUACCAAGAGCUUUGUCAAGCAAGUUGGAGAUGGAGGGAGAUUAGUUCCAGUUCCAAGCCUUAGUGAGGCUGACAAAUACCAACCUCUAAGUCUGGUGGUAAAAAAGAAACGAUGCUUUCUGUUUCCUAGAUGUAAAUUUACCUCGACACCUUUUACACUGAAAGAUAUUCUUCUAGGAGACCGAGAAAUUUCAGCUGGUAUUUCAUCUUAUCAGUUACUGAAUUAUGAAGACGAAUCAGAUGUUUCACUCUAUGGAAGGCGAGGCAACCAUAUUGUGAAUGACGUUGGGAUUAACGUUGCUGGAUCAGAUUCUGUUGCAGUCAGAGCUUCAUUUGGUGUGGUAACUAAACACGAAGUAGAAGUUUCAACAUUACUCAAGGAAAUUACUACACGAAAAAUUAAUUUUGACCACAGCUUGAUACGGCAGUCGAGGAGCAGCAGAAAGGCAGUAUUGUGCGUGGUCAUGGAGAGCAUCCGGACCACGCGGCAGUGCUCCCUGUCCGUGCACGCUGGGAUUCGUGGGGAGUCCAUGAGGUUUCACUUUAUGGAUGAACAGAAUCCCAAGGGAAGGGACAAAGCUAUUGUUUUUCCAGCACAUACAACCAUAGCUUUCAGUGUUUUCGAACUCUUCAUUUACUUGGAUGGUGCCUUUGACCUUUGCGUCACUUCAGUGUCAAAAGGAGGAUUUGAAAGGGAAGAAGCAGCAACAUUUGCAUUUUUCUACAGAUUGAGAAAUAUACUCUUUGAAAGAAAUAGAAGAGUGAUGGAUGUCAUUUCUCGUUCACAACUUUACUUAGAUGAUCUUUUUUCUGACUACUAUGACAAACCUCUCAGCAUGACUGACAUUUCCCUCAAAGAAGGGACCCACAUCCGAGUUAACUUACUCAAUCACAACAUUCCAAAAGGACCUUGCAUUCUCUGUGGAAUGGGAAACUUGAAAAGGGAGACGGUUUAUGGGUGCUUUCAGUGCUCUGUCGAUGGGCAGAAGUAUGUGCGACUUCAUGCAGUUCCUUGCUUUGAUGUUUGGCACAAGAGAAUGAAAUAA